AGACGGUAAAAUGAGUCGUCCUCGCGAAAGACUCUCCAGACGAUGGAGUACUAUGGAGACGAUUUCUAAGAGGAACGAUCCCUCCAGUUCCGAAGAAUCUUCGUCGCCUACCAACAGCAUCGAGUAUUCGCCACCUGCGAAAAGCACCAGCACACCUUUGAGAAGCAGGUGGUCGGAUUUGGAGCAAAUCAACAGGUCUCCGCGACAUGCUCGAGGAAAGGUUGACGAUGUAGAACCGUCUCCAGAUGAAAGAAGAUUACAGAGACAUAAAGCUGGUCGAGACAAGUCUCAGAAUAGUCGUAGAACUGAAAAGAGGAAAGAAAGAUAUGACCGGCAUACGAAACGGAAGAGCGAUUCUGAAGAGUCGGAAAAUGAGAAACGGAAGGAAACGUCUACUUCAGAAUCGACUGAGGAGGAUAAUGGUGAAGGAGACGGAGAACAUCCGAAACGAAAACAGCGAAGAUUUCGAGAGGACAAUGAACUGCCAAUUACGGAGAUUCUGCGAAGAUCCCAGGAAAAUGCUCGAACGAAAUACGAGCAGCAACCACCGUUUCCGGUACUAACGACGGAUAAGAUUUACGUGCAACACAGAGAUGGUUUCAGUGCUAUGAAAAUCAAUCAAUCAAGAGAUUCUCGAAGAAGAGAGAAGCAAGACAUAGGAAGCGAUAUCGUUGAAAAUCAAGGUUCUCCGCCUAUAAGAAUAGCUGUGUUGAUUCAAAAGUUUUGGAAAAAAACUGGUCUUGUGUAUCAAGGUCUUCUGGGUGGUAUGGCUCUCAUGCAUUUUAUAAUGUUGCAUAUAUUCUUUGAUGCUUCCAUGGAAUUCGUUGCUGAAUAUUCGAUGAUCAGUGAGAUUUACGCGAGUAUCUUUUCUCUUCUCGUCACAUUGUGUAUCGUGUCGAGUUUUGAUAAAUUCGAUCUGGCACGAUUCGACAUGGAGCAUCUCCGCGAGAUCUACCUCGACUACAGCAAAGCCGUAAUCGCGGUUCCUUUGUACUUGAUUACAUUCUGUCUUCAUCAAGUCUGCGCGAAGACCGACAAUCAACUGAGCUUGGCACGCUAUUAUAAUUCAAAUGAUAGCCUGUGGGAAAACGUCACCGACAUUCAGACUAUUCUAGAUGAUUUGAACAGUUGGCAUAAGAUAUCGAUGUCGAAAGAUAUGCUCGCAGUAUUCUCCUGGUUGUUCGUUUCUCUUGGCACCAAAGACGACGCGUUUCUGAUAUACUUACUGUCCAUGGAGAAAUAUGCGAACGACGAAUCUGGACAAUAAGAGAAAAUACAAAAUUGAAGAAACGAGCGAGUAAAGGUGUCAUACCACAAAUAUUUGGAACUAAAUUGAUGUGAAGACUUGAUGACACCUUUAUCCACUCGUUGCUUCAAUCGAUCUUCAGUUAUUUUUGUACGAUUUUCUUCGUUUCUUUUGACUCGGGAAUACAUCACGGUACGAUUUCAGUUCUUUAUUCGUAACAGAAUAGGGUGUCUGAUAUGUACAAUAUUUAUAAAGUUUCUAAACUCUAACAGACAGUACAUGUACACGUGAUAUCAAUAAAGAAGACAAUAACGUUAAGAAUAAAAUAACAUGUAUAACGCCGUGGCGUGAUAGUAAAAUAUGUGUCCCUUAAACUUUGUCUGGUGUAACAUUGAUCCAACGAUCGCGGAAAAUAAUUGUUAGGUAAAAAUCGACGAGGUUAACGAACAGUAGAAUUUGUACAUGCAAUACGCGUGCAAUCGUCGAGGCAACGCACACGUUUAUAAUUAUUUCUUUCGUUGUACGACAAACGUAGCGAUUGUUCAUAAAUAAUGCGCGAAAAGAUCGUGUCGAUCAGCGAAGCAAUAGAUAAAUAGAUAAAUACUGUACGUACAUUUACAAUGUUAAUGCAUCCUCUCUUUACACCGUUCAUAAUUUAAAAUAUCUCUUGACUUAACGCUAGUCAUCAAGGCACUGU